GAAUUGGUAGUCUAUAUCUGCAUCUCCAAAAUCUUGGUUAGGCUAUUGAGCGGCUACGAACAACUAAAUCCAAUUCCAAUUCCAGUUCCAAUUCUGAGUUUGAACAGAGGACUAUACUUAGUCUUGAUCUUGAGUUCUAUGUCAGCAAUCCAUAAAUAAGCUGCCGAUCACCGAAAAAGCAAAGGGUCCAUUAUUGUUUUCCUUUAAUUUGUGAUUGCAAUGCUAUAGCAAUGAUAGGUGUGAAUUUUCAGCCGUCCAUUUAUAUAUUUGCAAAAUCGGUUCUGUUUCAAAAUCCAGCAGCAAACUGCAACUUCUUCCAUUUUCCUUUGCAAAAGUUACCCGUUCGUAUAAUCGGGUAUGGGUCGGGAUUAGGCUUCUCACCUAGUCCAGGUGGCGGCGGCUACUGUGGCGGCUACUAUAAUAAGCAGAAGAGGAGAAAAUAUAAAGCUGCAUUGGUUAAGGCAAGUCGAAAAGAGUCUCCGUAUGAAGUUUUAGGGGUGUCUUCAUCGGCGACAGCAGACCAAAUCAAAAGGGCAUAUCGCAAACUCGCUCUCAAGUAUCAUCCUGAUGUUAACAAAGAGCCCAAUGCUCAAGAAAAGUUUAUGAGGAUUAAGCAUGCAUACAACACACUAUUGAACUCCAAAACCAGGAAGAGAUAUGAUUCGGGAAGUGACACAACAAGUUCUUCAUAUUAUAGUGGAGCAGGAAAAAGUAGAAGUACUGCAGAUGAAGAAGACUUCUAUAGCUUUGGUAGCUUUUUCACGGAUGUUCAAAUAACAAUAGCGGACUUCUUUAGGGAUGUCCAAGAAGAAUUUCGGAAUUGGGAGGCAACUGUCGCUUCGGAGGGAAAACCAAAGAGUUUGUGGGAAGAAUUGGCGGAAAUCGGGGAAGAAUUUGUUGAGUUCUUAGAGAAGGAGCUUAAUAUAACCGAUGCAGAGGUAGAAGAAAAAAGCAAUGAUGAAAGACCCCAGAAGGGAAAUGCACAAUCUGGAACAAACAGAACUGAUAAUGGAAAAGAAAAUAGGACAGAGAAAAAUAGCAGUAUUGAAGAAAAUAUUGAUGAGAUUGAAGCAACCCUUGCCCAAUUGAAAAAGGAAUUAGGUCUCUAAUGGGAUUGAAUUGAUACUCCCUAAAAAGAAGAGCAACAAUGUAUUGAAGAACAUGUUCUUGAUGUUUUUGGUUGUGUCUGGCGGCAAAAUCAAAUGGUUCGCCCACUUUGAACAUGUACCAACUGAAAAUCACAAAGGGUGUCCUUUAUUCAUUUCCUUGUACAGUUGCUAUGAUUCACGAAGUUUUUGCAGUAGUCAUGGUGAACUGGCUGCUACAUCUUUUGAUGUUUUAGAUAUAGCUUGUAUCAAAAGGUUUCAUGUGUAUUACUAUUAUAUAGAAAUGGGAGUUGGGGUGUACGGAUAGGGGUAUUAUAGGAAUUACUAUUGUUUAUCAUGUGUAUUUUGCUAUUUUGCUAUUUUGCUCUUCAAUUUCAGUUAUUUCAUGAAUUCAUGUUCCUCUUUUAAUGGUGAAACGUGUUAAGCCAACUGGGUUCCACUUC